AUGGAGAGUAGCAGAAUAAGAUGGGCUGGUCAUGUUUGGAGAUCUGAAGGAGUACUGGGGAGCAUAACAAAAUGGAAACCAAACACAAAACGGCCUCGAGGAAGACCCAGACAACGGUGGGCUGAUAGAGUCAAGGAUGACCUCAGGAUGAUUGGUGUGGAAAAUGCGGAGGAAAUGUCAAGAGACAGGGAAAAAUGGAAGGAUGUUGUUGUUGCGGCAAUGGACCUUAAUGGUCUUUAA